GAGAGAGAGAGAGAGAGAGAUCCAAGGAGGGCGACGAUAAAGGAAUGUCUCGGCCAUCUCUAGGUUACCCUCUGGGGCUGGCUAUUUUGGUGGUCCUGCUGCUUUGCAUUAGUGGCUUCUUCUCUUGCUGCUACCACUGGGAUAAGCUUCGCCUCCUUCUCCACCACCCCUUCCUUAAUGCCGCCGCCUCUCCAUCAUCUCAACCUCCGAUCACCAGUCAUGGGUUAAUUAUGUCGCCGUUAUCUCAAAACUGUCAUGGUACGCAUGUAUUUGACAAGAGUUUUACUUUUAUGUUAAUUAUUGAAUGCAGAGCAAAACCAAAACCAAAACCAAACCAAAGCUUGAGUGUGCUGAUGCCAGGAGAUCAUCGUCCAAAGUUCGUAGCUUUGCCCACCCCACAGGAAUUAGAAAUCAUAGUUUAAAAUGAAUUGGGCAGCAACUAAGACAAAGAAAAGAAAGAUUGGCUCCAAGUAUUUCCAUUUACAAUAAUGCUAAUUGGAUUUACAUGGGUUUCAGCAAGGGCACAAAUAGGGUUUUUAGUAUCAUUAUAAUUGUAAUUUUAAUUUUAUGUAGGUUCGUAAUCAUAAUUAUAUAGCUAUGGAUUUUUAUAAUCGUUUUUGUAA